CCAAACUCCUCCGGCUAGGGUUUGGAGUCGGCGGGCCUCUUCCUUCGAGACUUCUCUCCGGCAGCGGAGCCUCUCUAUUUUUCUUCCUCUUUGCUUCGAGUCUUUAGGCAGGGCUUUUCGAUUGAUCCAGUUGAGGCGCCAUAACCUGGUGCUUCUCCUCUAUUUGCAACAUCGCCACAUCUAUUCGGGAGUGCCAGAUCUCUGCAGAUUCAUCUUGUUUUCGCCACUGCUACAACAUCCCAAUCAUGGCGGAAGAUAACCUGGGUUUUAUGGUCCGUCGGAUCCGAAUUGCAGAGAACAAAGCCGAGAUCCUCCCACUGCAUAUGUUCCGGAAACAAGAUGAUGCUAAAGUGAAUAUGUUACAGAUGGUUGGGAACUUGCUAUCCCGACGGAGGAUCAGCCUUAAUGGCCUCCAAAAUGUUUUAACGGCUUCCGGGAACCCUAAGAAAGCUCUUGUAAUUGUCGAUCCAGGUGGCUGUCAUUGGAGAUGGAUUGGUUUUUUAGGCCGAAAACAGGAGGAAAGGAUGGCGGUUGGGAAAGCUGACGGUGUUCUACGAGGGGAGAACACUAUUCCAAUCGUUAAAGGGGCUCUCGUUCCCUUAAUGACUUUCGGCCACAUGGGAUUAAAGAGGAUUGGAGCAAUUAGGGCUAUGGUUGGGAGCUCAUGGAGACGAGGGAGGUGGUUGGGCUUGGAUGGAGGACCAUGCCCCUUCUUGCUACUUAUUCCUCAAUGAAUAGAUAGGGCGGCAACUUGUGGGUUGGGGACUGUUUGUUGCCGAAAUCCCUUGCUCUCCCCAUGAAGCUGGUUAACUAGCCCUAUUUAACCCAUACAGCGAUUGCAAUUGUAAUCUCUAGUUGCAGAUGGCUCUUUUUACUUAAUUGUCUAUAUUCGUCAUGGGCAUAGUUAAAAUCUGUUACUAGGCUGUAGGUUAUGCUUCUGUUUCUGCUUGUUAGGCUCUCAUGCUUUAGGCUAUAUGCCAUGUGAUGGAGUUUUUACUGUACGUUCUUAUUAUUCAAUAUAUUUCUCCAUUUCUU